AUGAUUCACAAUAGAGCAGCUUGGAUUCCUCAGGUGCGCGGACAGCUCGAGGUCCGGGACGGGCCUGAGCCUCAGGUUGGAGAGUUUGAUGUUCUCAUUGAGAAUAAGGCGGUUGCGAUUAAUCCUGUGGAUUGGAAGAUUCGGGACUUCAAUGUCUUGGGCAAGAAGUAUCCAAUAAUCAUUGGUGAAGAUGUUUCUGGGAAUGUUGUCGAAGUCGGCUCUUCAGUCACCAAAGUCAAGAAGGGCGAUCGUGUCCUAGCUUAUUGCAUCGGACUCGGUACAAACAAGCCUAUAAACGCUGGGUUUCAGAACUACUCAGUUGUGCCUGAAAUCACACUUUCGCCAUUUCCGGAAUCCAUGUCAUACGAACAGGCAGCAGUUGUUCCGCUGGGUGUAUCGACUGCUUCGGCAGGCCUGUACCAGAAGGAUUGCUUGAAUUUGCCCUAUCCCAAACCAGGCUCCCGUGAGCCCACUGGCACGUCCAUCCUCGUAUGGGGUAGCAGUGGCAGCGUGGGUGCGAAUGCAGUCCAGCUGGCGGCCGCUUCCGGAGUACAUGUGGUCGCAACAUGUUCGAAGAAAAACGCCGAUUUCGUGAAAGGCCUCGGUGCGAAACACGUAGUUGACUACAACGAUGAAUCAUCGGUUGAUCAGAUCGUCGAAGCUUUGCAGGGGACCAAGUUUGUUGGCGCUUAUGACUCCAUCUGUCUUGAAAACACAUGGAAAGCUUGUGGAGCCGUGGCAGAGAAAAUGGGGGGUGGCCUUAUAAUUGGUACGCUACAGCCUCCAGAAAACAUUGAGCUCGGCGAGGGCGUGAAAGCUAAGGGCGUCUUCGCUAUCACCAUUGCCCUGCAGCAACCGGAGGUCGGCAAUGCCAUCUUUCGAGACUACCUCCCUGCAGCAUUGAAGUCUGGAGAGUACAAAGCUAAGCCAGAUCCCAAGGUAGUCGGCCAUGGGCUAGAAAGUAUCGCAGAUGGCUUUGCAGCGCAGAAGAAGGGGGUCUCGGCUGCGAAGGUGGUGGUCACAUUGUGA